AACGAAUGGGGGCAUAUGGAGUCCAUAGAGCCUACUGUAUUCUAUUGAAGAAGAUGUCUAAUAGUAACACUACUCAAGAGACCCUGGAAAUAAUGAAAGAAUCAGAAAAAAAACUGGUAGAAGAAUCUGUAAGCAAAAACAAGUUUAUAUCUAAGACUCCAAGUAAAGAAGAAAUUGAGAAAGAGAGUGAAGAUACCAGUUUGCGUCAGGAGACACAGGAUUAUGAGUUCCUUUUUGACAAGAGGCGGACAUCCAACCAUGGUCAUGCCAGGAAAAGAGCCAAGUCUAAUUCCAAGCUCAAGUUGGUACGCAGUCUGGCAGUGUGUGAGGAGUCUUCUGCCCCAUUUGCUGAUGGGUCACUAGAAACCCAGGAUAUAAUUCAAUUGCACAUCAGCUGCCCCUCUGACAAAGAGGAAGAAAAGUCCACAAAGGAUGUCUCUGAAAAGGAAGACAAGGACAAAAACAAAGAAAAGGUUCCAAGGAAGAUGCUAUCUAGAGACUCCAGCCAAGAAUAUACGGACUCCACUGGAAUAGACCUACAUGAAUUUCUUGUAAACACACUGAAAAAGAACCCAAGGGACAGAAUGAUGCUGCUAAAAUUAGAACAGGAGAUUCUGGAAUUUAUUAAUGACAACAAUAACCAGUUCAAGAAGUUCCCUCAGAUGACCUCAUAUCACCGGAUGCUAUUACACCGGGUAGCUGCCUAUUUUGGGAUGGACCACAAUGUUGAUCAAACUGGAAAAGCUGUCAUUAUCAACAAAACCAGUAACACAAGAAUCCCUGAACAGAGGUUCUCAGAACAUAUAAAGGAUGAGAAAAAUACAGAAUUUCAACCGAGAUUCAUUCUCAAGAGAGAUGAUGCCAGUAUGGACCGAGAUGAUAACCAGAUCAGAGUUCCAUUGCAGGAUGGAAGGAGGAGCAAGUCACUAAAAGAGAGAGAGGAGGAAUAUCAAAGGGUCCGAGAGAGAAUAUUUGCCCGAGAGACUGGCCAGAACGGAUAUCUAAAUGACAUCAGACUCUCCAAAGAAGCCUUUUCUUCUAGCUCUCACAAGAGAAGGCAGAUUUUUAGGGGGAACCGUGAGGGGCUAAGCCGCACCUCGAGCAGCCGCCAGAGCAGCACAGACAGCGAACUCAAAUCCCUGGAGCCACGGCCUUGGAGCAGCACGGACUCUGAUGGCUCUGUUCGAAGCAUGCGGCCCCCUGUCACCAAAGCCAGCAGUUUCAGCGGAAUCUCUAUCCUCACCCGGGGUGACAGCAUUGGGAACAGUAAAGCUGGCAGUGCAGGAAGGAUCUCCAGGCCAGGUAUGGCUCUAGGUGCCCCAGAAGUGUGCAACCAGGUCACCUCAUCCCAGUCUGUCCGGAGCCUUCUCCCUUGUACUGCCCAGCAACAGCAGCAGCAGCAGCAGCAACUUCCUGCUCUUCCACCCACGUCUCAGCAACAGCCACCCUUGAAUAAUCACAUGAUCUCACAGCCUGUCCCAGCUCUGCAGCCCUCUCCGCAGCCUGUUCAGUUCUCUCCAGGCUCCUGUCCCCAAGUCCUUCUGCCAGUCUCUCCACCCCAGCAGUACAACAUGGCAGAUGACCUCAGCAACCCCUUUGGACAGAUGAGCCUUAACCGCCAAGGUUCUACUGAAGCAGCUGACCCAUCCGCAGCUCUGUUCCAGCCCCCACUUAUCUCCCAGCACCCUCAGCAGACUAGCUUCAUCAUGGCUUCCACAGGACAGCCCCUCCCCGCUUCCAACUAUUCCACCUCUAGCCAUGCAACACCUACUCAGCAAGUCCUGCCACCCCAGGGCUAUAUGCAGCCUCCUCAGCAAAUCCAGGUUUCUUACUAUCCCCCUGGACAGUAUCCUAACUCCAACCAGCAAUAUCGACCUCUCUCUCACCCGGUGGCCUACAGCCCCCAACGUGGUCAACAGUUGCCUCAGCCAUCCCAACAGCCUGGUUUACAGCCCAUGAUGCCUAACCAGCAGCAGGCGGCUUACCAAGGCAUGAUAGGGGUCCAGCAACCACAGAACCAGGGCCUGCUCAGCAACCAGAGGAGUGGCAUGGGGGGCCAGAUGCAAGGCCUGGUGGUUCAGUAUACUCCACUGCCUUCUUACCAAGUCCCAGUGGGUAAUGACUCGCAAAAUGUGGUCCAGCCGCCUUUCCAGCAACCCAUGCUGGUCCCUGCAAGCCAAUCUGUGCAAGGGGGUCUCCCGGCGGGAGGGGUGCCAGUGUACUACAGCAUGAUCCCUGCGGCUCAGCAGAACGGUACGAGCCCUUCUGUGGGAUUUCUGCAGCCUCCUGGCUCUGAGCAGUACCAGAUGCCUCAGUCUCCCUCUCCCUGCAGCCCACCACAGAUGCCACAGCAGUUCUCAGGAGUGUCACCUUCUGGACCAGGUGUGGUGGUCAUGCAGCUGAAUGUCCCUAAUGGACCCCAGUCUCCCCAGAACCCAUCCAUGGUCCAGUGGAGUCACUGUAAAUACUAAAGCAUGGACCAGCAGGGGCAGAAACCUGGAGACCUGUACAACCCUGACAGUAGCCCGCAGGCCAACACACAAAUGAAUAGCAGCCCCGUCACAUCUCCUACCCAGUCUCCAGCACCCUCUCCUGUCACCAGCCUCAGCAGUGUCUGCA